AUGGCAGACAUCACCCACCCGCCACGGAGCUGGGAGACAGGGGCAGGCGUCACCAACCAGCCAACCACGGAGCUGGGAGACCCAGAGACAGCCAAGCGAAACACAAAGGGCAGACGUCAAAUUGUCAGCUUCACUGCCGACAACACGAGGGUGGCCCGCGAGGAAGUGAGCCUCACGCCCCCAGAUACACCUGGGGCCGUGGGCGUGCGGGGAGACAGCCGUCUGCGGAAGCACCUCCGAGAUGUGAUGACGAAGAGGAUGAUGGGCAGGAUCCGGAAGGUGUCCCCUCCGGCCGGAUCUCAGGCUGCAGGGCAGGCGGGCACCUGUGUCAGCGUAAAACCACUCAAACCUGGGGUGGGGGUGCGGGCGGGAUCCAGUGCUCCUGUCCCCGCAGUGCACUGCGUGAAGAGGGCCCGCCGCCACCGCUGGAAGUGCGAGCAGGUGACGUUCUGCGGUGCCGACGAGCAGCUGUGCCACCUGUGGCUGCAGACGCUGCGGGAGCAGCUGGACAAGCUGACCUGCAGACCGAAGCGCCUGCUGGUGUUCAUCAACCCGUUCGGAGGGAAGGGCCAGGGCCUGCGGAUCUACGAGCGGAAGGUGGCGCCGCUGUUCGCGCUGGCCGCCAUCUCCACCGAGGUCAUCGUCACGGAGCGAGCCAACCACGCCAAGGAGGCCUUGUAUGAGAUGAGCGUGGACAGCUACGACGGGCUCUGUGCCACCUGGGACCACGGGAGCCGCAGCCGCAGCCGCUGCUGGGACGGGGCUGGCAGGCCUCCCCCUGAGCUGCUGGACCGGCCGCCGCAGGCGUUUCUCGGGGCUUCACUCCCGGCUGAGGAGCUGGUUGGGUCCACAGAUUGUGUGUGUUACUCCACCGUCGGCAUCAACGACGCAAAGACCUCGGCCCUGCACAUCAUCGUGGGUAGGUCCCGUCCAUCAUUGUGGGUAGGUCCCGCCCAUCAUUGGUCCACAGAUUGUGUGUGUUACUCCACCGUCGGCAUCAACGACGCAAAGACCUCGGCCCUGCACAUCAUCGUGGGAGGGCCUAGCCCCUUGUUGCCGGGCGGGCGGGCCCUGGCCACCCAUCAUCGUGGGGGACCCAGCGGGCAGGGCACUGAGCUGCUGGACCGGCCGCCGCAGGCGUUUCUCGGGGCUUCACUCCCGGCUGAGGAGCUGGUUGGUGGUGUUGCAAGGCCACUCGGCAUUUCUGACGAGUUCACCUCACUGUUCCCAACAUUCAUUUUGUGGGGUCCACAGAUUGUGUGUGUUACUCCACCGUCGGCAUCAACGACGCAAAGACCUCGGCCCUGCACAUCAUCGUGGGGGGCCGGCGGCCAAUGGAGGGCGGUGCACCACCACGGCGCGCUGCUGCGCUACUCGGUGUCGCUGCUGGGCUACGGCUUCUACGGGGACAUCAUCAAGGACAGCGAGAAGAAGCGCUGGAUGGGGCUUAUCAGAUACGACUUCUCAGCUGCCCGGGCGGAAGCGAGCGGCCUCUUGUGUUCCAGGUGCUUCGUCUGCAGGCAGAGCAAGCAGCAGCUGGAGGAGGAGCAGAAGCGGUCGCUGUACGGUCUGGAGGGCUCGGAGGAGGUGGAGGAGUGGAAGGUCAUCUGUGGGAAGUUCCUGGCCAUCAACGCCGCCAACAUGUCCUGUGCUUGUCCCCGGAGUCCCCGGGGCCUGUCCCCGGCCGCCCACUUGGGAGACGGGUCUUCUGACCUGAUCCUCAUCCGCAAAUGCUCCCGGUUCAACUUCCUGAGGUUCCUCGUCCGGCACACCAACCAGGGCGACCAGUUCGACUUCACUUUCGUGGAAGUUUAUCGCAUCAAGAAGUUCCAGUUCGUGUCGAAGCAGGUGGAGGACGAGGACAGCGACCUGGGCGAGCGGGGGAAGCCGGGGCUGCGGCAGAUCUGCAGCCAGCACCCCUCCUGCUGCUGCAGCGCGGCCAGCAGCUCGCCAGGUGUCGCACACCCUGUGGGUGCCGCAGUCUUAACCCUGGGGACACGCCAGGUGUCCAUCACCGUCACGGGCCUUUGAAGCCCCUCGAUUUUAGAAAGUAUAUUUUAUUGAUGUCAGAGAGGAAGGGAGAGGCAGCGAGAGAGAAACAUCCAU